AUGUCGAGUGCUUUGGAAUCCUUAAACACUGGCAUAUACUUUGGUUUUUGCAAGGUUUCACCAAAGUACGAAAAAAAACCCGGAUACUUUUCCAGCCAAACCAACCAGAAAGUCUACUUUAACUUUGGUCAGUCUCUCCGGUCUGAAGAUAUCGAAGGACUUCCUAUGGUGAUGUCGAUUGGGUGGAACCCGUUCUUCAACAACGAGAAGAAAGCAGCAGAAGUUCACAUCAUUCAUCAUUUCCCAGACACCUUCUACGGGGCUUCUAUCAAGAUUGCAAUUCUUGGAUAUUUGCGUCCAGAACGUGACUACACCACUAAGGAAGCCUUAAUUGAGGACAUAAAGACUGAUAUAUCAAUUGCAAAAGAAGCGCUCUCAAGAACGCCUUAUAGUCAGAUUCACGAUCUAGAUGGCAGUCAAUUAUUACCCGAUCGAAACCCCAAGCAUGAAUGA